AUGACGGGCAACAACAGCAGUGGCCAAGGACACAAGACUCCUGGACUUGCGUCGCUGAUUGUCAGUCCUGACAGAUCUCAGUUCUUUAAAUAUGAGUCUGUCUCUCUGAGCUGUGAGGUUCAGGGGAACUCUGCUGGAUGGAGACUGAAGAGACACACAGUCUCUGGGGAGCGUUCAGAUUGUGGAGGAAACUGGGGAAAACCAGAAGGGUCUUCAUGCAUCGUGUCACUAAUACCAUCACACAGUGGAGUGUACUGGUGUGAGUCUGGGCCUGGAGAACACAGCAAUGCUGUCAACAUCACAGUACAUGAUGGAGCUGUGAUCCUGGAGAGCCCUGCCCUUCCUGUGACUGAGGGAGAUUCUGUGACUCUGCGCUGCAGAUAUCAGGUAAUUCCCUCUAACCUCACAGCUGAUUUCUACAAAGAUGGAUCCCUCAUCAGGACUGAGACUACAGGAGAGAUGACCAUCCCUGCAGUAUCCAAGUCAGAUGAAGGACUCUACAAGUGUACCAACUCUGAAGGAGAAUCCCCAGAGAGCUGGAUAACAGUGACAG